GCGCCAUAUAUGAUAAACAAGGUGAGCCCCAGGCCCCUAUCGUCCACUGGGCAACGUUGGAUAUAUUCAUCCACAAGGUAGGUAGAAAUGCCGGCAAAGAAGAAAUCUUUCAUUCCAUUUCAUCUUUUAUUGUCCUCGUACCCCGAACAUACCCAGUGUGCCGCAUACACAGAUGGUGGAAAUCGCUGCAGCUCAAAGGCGCCGGGCUUGAAGGUGCCGAGCUUGAAGCAGCCCAAUAUUUGUCGGAUCAACGAACUACACGCAGAGCUUCAGAACAGCUACGAGGCUAAGAUUGAUUAUGAAAGGAGAAAAGAUAUGUUAAUGGAGUUGGCCAAGCUUACUAUCUGCGGGCGUCAAAAAAACAAAAUAGACGCAGCCGUGCCCCAGUGGAAUGCCGAGCUUCAAUCGCAAGACAGCGCGACUGUUAGUCUAGAAACACCGCCGAGAAAUGUCAAUGCACAGUCGAACAACGACAAGGGAAGCUCCAAGUUGGAAUUUACGCCUUAUCAACCUGCCGAGAUCGAUGAACUGGUCGGGGGUGAGCUCAACCAGGAACUUGAUCGGAUAAUAGACCGCAAGAUAAGUCAAAACUUCAUUACCCACAAUUGGAAGGAUCAUAGAGAUCAUUUAUAUAUCUUUCAGUGUGAAGAGGCGGAAGGCAUGUGCAGGCUCGGGCGUACUCGCAAUCCAUCGCGAAGGGCUAGUGAACAUGAGAAGUGCUAUCCUAAUCUUACGCAACAACGGUGCCUCCAUUGUCCAAACUCGAAGGUAUUCGAAAGGGUAGUGCAGUUGGAGUUAACUCAAUAUCGAUACAAGCAUGAAUGUCUUACGUGCAACGCAAUUCACACAGAAUGGUUCAAAGCUGAUCUCAAUGACAUCUACCAACGAGUUGAAGUUUGGUGCCAGUUUUCAAAGGGCUUCCAGAGCAUCGAUAAGCGAUCCCAAGUGUCUAUCCCAGUUCCUGGUUUCUCUGCAGAUCCAGACAGAUGGCUCAAAUGGGCUCAGGAAUAUGUCCAAUCAUGGGACAAAGAAGUGGUACAUUCUGAGCCAAAUAUUUCGGGCAAGUCCGUUGUCGAUAAUGAUAUCGUAACUGGGGAUGACGAUGCGGAAUCGAUGCCUGGACUUUCUCCUUCAAGCUCUGCAUCUGAAGCGCCUGAUGGUGACUACAGCGAUCCUCCAACCCCAACUCCAAUUGAACGCUCACGAAACGCAAAGUCAACCUCGGUACACCGUUUGAUCAUACCGCCUGCAUCGCCGUCGGUGUUGCCCGAGGCCUACUAUUCCGCGGUCGAGAUUAUGCCAACACCCACAGGCUGUGGCCCCCUUCCUCGGAUCCCCGGCGAAUUUCCUGACUCCCCAGUGAAGGUCGCGCCCAAGGAAACCAAGGAGGAUGAGAAUGAAUUGGCGGAUAGUCUUGAGAACAUUAAACUUUUUUGAUUGCUUGCAUUAAUCGCGUGGCACUGUCCCACUAUCUUGAUGCUAUUUGAUAUCGGUUCUAGCUUUGCUGACUGCUUGGAUUUAUGUAUUGCUAGUUUUCAUUGUAUGUUUAGGCCUCGCGGUGAUGUAUGAAUCAAAU